GUUACAAUUAUACAUUACCAUACAUAUACAACACUGCAGGACUGCCCGCGCGGGCUAAGAGUCUGCUAAGCGUGGGUGAUCAGUAAACUGUUUUUUUGUUGUUGUUAUUGUUUGACUCCGAAUGUGAUUGUUUAAUUUUUCCUUUUAGUCUUUAUUAAAUAGUAAAAUGUCGAAAGCAAAACUCACCGCCGAAUGGCGGAAACGUGUCAAAUCGGAAUAUAUGCGUUUACGUCAAGUUAAAAGAUAUAAACGUGCUGAUGAAGUCAAAAUAGCUUGGAACCAAAAUCGCAAGGUUAUGACAGAAUUAUUAGAGAGUGAAAAUAAAAGAUGGCUUGAUAGCAGAGCUAUGUGGUUAGCAUUGCAUGAAAUACCUGCUCAAGAGUCCUGUAUGAAAAAGGCUGAAAUCACCUGUUCCGAUGGAGAUGUACAAAAUUGUCCUGUCAAAUUAUUGAAUGCCAUAACUCCAAUCCCAACCAUGUAUACUUGGGCUCCGAUACAACAAAAUUUCAUGGUCGAAGAUGAAACUGUCCUUCAUAAUAUUCCAUACAUGGGUGACGAGAUCCUUGAUCAAGAUGGGACCUUUAUCGAAGAAUUAAUAAAAAAUUAUGAUGGUAAAGUACAUGGGGACCGCGAGUCAGGAUUUAUGGAUGACUCUAUUUUUGUGGAUCUUGUAAAUGCAUUAGUUUCCUAUGAAAAGGAUGACAAAGAAAAAGAUUCAAAUCCUACAAAGAAAUUCAAAGAAUCAAAAGACGAAGAUAAAAAGGAAGAUUCUUUUUCUAAAUCUGACGAUACGCCAUUUCCAUCUAUGCAAAUUUUUACAGCAAUAUCUCAAAUGUUUCCUGACAAAGGAAAACCAGAAGAAUUAAAAGAAAAGUACAUUGAACUGACAGAAAGGUCUGAUCCAAAUGCUCUACCUCCAGAAUGUACUCCAAAUAUCGAUGGUGCUGCUGCUCAUAGCGUACCCAGAGAACAAACCAUGCACUCUUUUCACACAUUAUUCUGCAGAAGAUGUUUCAAAUAUGACUGCUUUUUACAUCGUUUGCAAGUCUGUCAUCCUGGACCAAACCUGCAAAAGCGCAAAGGACCAGAUCUAAAACCAUUUCCUGAACCUUGUGGAAAUGAAUGUUAUAUGCAUUUGGAUGGAAUUAAGGAAAAACUAGCAGCGCAAGCAGCUAGUAUGGAGGAAGAAGAAAAAGAAGAGAAACGAGGUGCACCGAAGAAAGUACGAAAGCAGGCCAGCCUCGAUUCUGGUAAUGAAGCAAGUAGCGAAGACAGUAAUGACAGCAAUAAAUACAGUCAAGUUGGUAGCUGUCAAGAUUUCAAACAAAAUGUUAACAAAGAUUCAACCAAAGAAUCAAACGACGACGCUCUGCAAGAGCAACUCCAACCUGACCAUCAUUCUGCUUUCACUCUGCACGACGAAACUGUUAAACAUGAAGGCAAUCCUGAAUGGACAGGUUCCGAGCAAAGUUUGUUUAGGGCUCUACAUAAAGCUUUUCCCGGCAACCCAUGCGCGUUGGCCCAAAUAAUGCUAACUAAAAGUUGCCGGAAAGUUUAUGAAUUUUCGCAAAAAGAGGCGAGUGAUAUACCCGACGUUGAAAGUCUCAAAGACUUCACACCGCCACGGAAGAAAAAGAAGAAGCACCGGCUCUGGUCAAUGCAUUGUCGUAAAAUACAGCUGAAAAAAGAUUCCGGUGCCAAUCAUGUUCAUAAUUUUGCUCCGUGUGAUCACCCCAACAGACCUUGCGACAAUUCGUGUCCAUGCAUACAAGCGCAAAACUUUUGCGAGAAGUUCUGCCAGUGCAGCAGUGAGUGCCAGAAUCGUUUUCCAGGCUGUCGUUGCAAGGCUCAAUGUAACACCAAGCAAUGUCCGUGCUACCUUGCAGUACGCGAAUGCGAUCCCGAUCUUUGUCAGACUUGUGGUGCGGAUCAGUAUCAAGUACAAAAGAUAUCCUGCAAGAAUGUGAGCGUUCAAAGAGGAUUGCAUAAACAUUUACUCAUGGCACCGUCAGAUGUAGCAGGCUGGGGUAUUUUCUUGAAGGAAUCUGCAGCUAAAAAUGAAUUUAUAUCGGAAUACUGUGGUGAAAUUAUCAGUCAAGAUGAAGCUGAUCGAAGAGGAAAAGUUUACGACAAAUAUGCCUGCAGUUUUCUAUUUAAUCUUAAUAAUGAUUUUGUUGUUGAUGCCACAAGGAAAGGAAAUAAAAUAAGAUUUGCUAAUCAUUCCAUAAAUCCAAAUUGUUACGCCAAAGUUAUGAUGGUCAAUGGUGAUCACAGAAUUGGUAUUUUUGCCAAGCGAGCGAUACAACCAGGCGAGGAGUUGUUUUUCGACUAUCGAUAUGGACCUACAGAGCAACUUAAAUUUGUUGGAAUUGAAAGAGAAAUGGAAUUUCUAUAAAAAAAUCAAAUGUGAAAUUGAAAAAUUUGACUUAACUUUUGACGAAAAGUCGUAAUGAAAAUUGUAAAUUUGCUAAAAAGCUAAUAAGGAGUAAUCAAUAAAAAGUAAUCAAUUGUA